GAGUCGUGACUGACGUUCAGUGCGCAACAGAAGUUCUGGCACUCGAGUUACUUCCUUCUCUCUGAAAUGAAGCGGGGGAGAAAGAAAAACUUUUCUUUUCUUGACUUACUAUGAGACAUUUUGCGUCGCUUCUCAGAGCUGAAGAUGUCCACUACUGUGUCCCCAACUGUCCCCACCAGCAGCAGCUCCUCACUGGACCACCGGACAGCCAUCGUAGGUGCAUUCUGUUGUCUGGUGUUUUUUGUGCUGAUUGUGGUGCUGCUGUUUGUUCUGUACCGGAAGCUUCCUCUCUGCUGCAAAAUAAGAGUUUAUCAGGAAUCUCAUUCGAACAUGGAAGCGCCUCCUCAGUACUACAACAGCAGACAGACUCUAGUCACUUCCUCUGAUGUUGAGCAGACACACAACACAGGUCAUAAUAACACGGGGUCUUUGUUCCUCAUUGGUGUCCCCAGCAACUACUACCUCUCCUCACUGGAGCCUCCUAUGCCUCGUCUGCCCUCGUAUGAGAGUGUACGCAAGAAAGACCGACAACGGCAGAUCCACAUGAUGAUAGCAGACCGCUUUGGCCUAAAUGGAUCAGUCGAGACAGAGCCACCUCCCACAUACGAGGAGAGCAUCCGACAGUCCAUUCAGUCCAUUGAUAUCCCAAUUGACAUUCUGGCAAGCUCUGAGCCUGGCACAGAUUUACCUGCAUAUGAAGCUCUACCUCACAACACAGACUCAUCACAAGAUCCCAAUAACUCUGUUAAUUGAAGCAUGGCUUACGGGAAGAAUGCAAUAUACUCGCAGUGGAAAAUCAACAGCUGUUGAGAGACUGAUACACUGAUGGCAGAUCAGUGUAGCAAACUGUUCUUGAAUCUGCUAUGCUAGCAAAAAUGGACUUGAACUAUGCAAUAACUUGCACUGCAUACAGGCAGAGGAGAAAGAUGUUGCAUCACUACAGGAAAAAGGGAAGAGAAGAAAAAGAAGAGUAUGCAAGGACUGAAGUUGAACGUCUGCAUAAUGUCUUUUAAAAACAACACGAAACAGCUUAUGCUAAUCAAAAUCAUAACAGAUUUUACUUUCAUACUGUGUUCGAUUCAAUGGUGCAUGUUAAUUUAAGGAAAUGUUUUAUUCAAAAUGAGUCAAAAUCCAUAUAUUAUUUCUUUUUAAAAACCCUUCAAAAAGUAAUGAAACCCUUCAAAAAGAAAUCCUUUAAAUUACCAAUUACUUCUCUAAAAAUUACACCCAACACUGCUUCUUUUUUUUUUUCACGUACUUUUUUUGCAUCGGCUCCAGUGUGUUUAUGUUCCCUUGUGAUACAACCAGAAGCGCGUUGCAACAGCAGCAUCAGAGACCUGGGUUCAGAUCCCAUAACAGGAAGUAAUUGCGUUUGUAUAAUCAGUGAUGUGUGCGAUUUGAAGGUUGCAUUUUUGCCUCUAACAUUACAUUUUAACCCCACUGAUGAUUAUGUUUAGGUUUGGGGUUGGGGUUGCGAGGUUCAGUAUAUAAAAUAUGCAUUCCUCUUCACUACAUUUCAGCCUGUACAGCUGAAAACAACUUAUUUCACAACUCGUGUUUGGCGCCCCUCUGUGGACAUUACACCUGGAAAGUGGCGCUCACAAGUGCUCAUAUGCCAAACAACAGUUACUGCUUUGGCCACUGGGGGCAGUGUUUCAAAUUUCGGUAUGCACAGACUGAUUUUAGCUAAAGAAAAGUCAAUCUACUGUUUCCUGUUUCAGUGUGAGAUCAGUCUGCAAACUACCUGUCAAAUAGAGACCACUUUAUUACGGCUUAUUUAAUUCCCAAUGGAUAAAAAGCCCUGCCCAACAAGUUUUCCUUGUUGAAAAUCCUGUUCCAAAUGGAAAUAUGUGAGAUUACGGAAGUGAAAUAGGUUGUGAAUGGUGUUUUACAUUGAUUUCAACUUUCAAUACUAUUUCUAUAUAUAUAUGCCAUUUCAGAGCAAACAAGAUUCCUUGAUAUUUCCAGGUUCUCUAUGACUGGGGAAUCAUGUUCAUUUUAUUCCUUCCCACCCAUGUGGCCUUUGUGACAUCAGCAGAAAAACAAAUGCUUUUCAAAGGUGGCAAAAUUUACGCUAUUUUGAUUAUGAAAGCAAUUAUGAAAACAACAUUUUUAUAGUUUAGUUAAAUCGUUUUUAGUAAAAAGUACACUGAAAAGAAUGUUAACCAAAAAUGUGCUUUAUGUGUUAAAAUCUAAAUUAACAGGUUUUAUUCAAGUCAAAAUUAUUAUUUAUCAUCACUGAAUCAACCUGGAUACCUUAGCUUACAUUAACAAAGCUAAUUUUAACGGUUAGAUCAGUUAGAAACAGCUCCUUAAGGGAACAGUUGCAGCUUACCACUUUUUACAUUGUAAAUAGGUCGAUUUUGAUUUCAUGUUGUCUUUAUCACAGAGAUUGCAGGGUCAUUUCAAACCAAAAUGGCAAAUGAUGUACUGUUUUGACAUGCACAAUAAGGGAUAUUUGAAGCCAUGUUUUGACAUUACAGGGAAGAUCUUUCUGUUUUUUCAUGAAAGUCCUGAUCCUUUAGGCUUUGACUACUGUUGAGGAGUUCUAUUCAUUUUUGCAAAAUUCAUUUCUGUAGAUAGAAGAAAUUGUAUCAUUGUUAUAGCCAGGGAGAAUAGUGUUCCUGUUUUUUCUAGUUUUCUGUGUAUACAGUAUAUACGUUGUUUAUCAAACCCAAAUGAUGCCUCGCUGAUUGUAUGUUUGUUGAAUCUCUCUAUUUUGAAUGACCAUUUAUGAAUGUGCUUAUUUUUCCACUGUAAAUAAACAUGUCAGUCGCUAAGAUUGUAUAGUAGAAACAAGAGCUGGACCUGUUUCUUGCGAUUGUGGGUUGGGUCUCGCCAAAACCUGUUUUUUUUUUUGAAGGGUUUGGCUUUUUUCCCCUUUACUGUAAAUACAGUACUCAGAGUUGGAGUUCAUAUGUUUGCAUUCACAAACUAAAUUUAAAUGACUUUGAAUGUGUUUCAUGUGUAACACGUUUGAGGUCACAGGUGUGCUCAUUUUCCUCUGCAGA